AUGAUAUUGUCGUUUCUGGUUGCUUUCUUAUCGUUUCAAGUAGUCGACGCGGCCAGAUGGAGCUCGUUUCCGCCUUCAGAUUUUCGUCAAAUCGUCUCGAUCUCGUCACAGAGCGGAUCGUCGUCGUUCAGAGAGGUAGCGCACGGUCUUGCCGUCCUGCCGUGGCUUGUCAGGGUGUACGCUCGACCUUCGAAUGGAAACAAUACAGGAUUCGCUUUUGAAGGACUCGGAGCAGCACAAAGUGACGACGACAACAGUUACUAUGGUGGAGUAAUAUUUGGAUUCAACGAGAACAACGUCCGCAUUUGGGUGCCAUCCAAAAACGAUGGGAACUCUAAGGGUCGUGUUGCUUGGGUGAAAGACGGUUGGGGAGGCGAGGUGAACACUGAGGAGUCGAUGACUGCUGAUGUUGUCAUUGAAGUGUGGAAACGUGGACCGACACCGGCUUGGAAAUCAGUAGUUACACUGACUGCACAAUCUGUUUCGUAUGCUAGAGUGAGCCCAACUAUAAAGUCAUUGCCUGAUUUUGUGCAAGUUCAGGUAAAGGCUUUAGAUGGCAACAACAAGGGGUAUGUUUUCUAUGGUACUGGAUCAGCUCAGACGACUGAUGAUGCUAAUCAGUAUGGAGGUGUUAUAUUUUCUUACAAUGAAAAUAUUGUGCGACUAUGGACUGCACAUGGAAACGAUGGCAAUGUUCUUGGUCAAUGCAUAUUUAUUGGUGAUGGGUGGGGAGGAGAACAGAAAUCACAGAAUUCAGCAAAGUGUGAAGUCACGAUGUUGCUAUGGGUCAAUGACCUUCCACCACCCACUUUCACAUCGGGUUGGUUCACAUUGCAAUCACAGAAUGGCAUCAACAGUCACAAAACCAUACAACACAACUUAGGAAAAAUACCUGCAAGAGUUCAAGUGCAGGUAAAAGCCACUGAUGGCUUGAACAAUGGAUUUGUAUUUGAAGGCAUUGGAUCAGCGAUGACUGAUGAUGAGAAUGAUGACUAUGGAGGUGUUGUGUUUGCUUAUAAUGAGACGUUAGUGAGGCUGUGGGCUCCUAGUAAACAUGAUGGAACAGACAAGGGAAGGAUUGUGUUUGUUGGAGACGGAUGGGGACAAGAGAAGAAUGUUCAGAUGUCAACAGUUGCUAUGGUUCGUGUUCUUGUUUGGAGUAGUUGUACUCAUUCAGCGGUCACAAUGGAUGGGGGCCGGUGUGCUAGAACAGACAUUUCAUCAGCUCGUUGGGAAUACGGUGACUUUGGCAACUGUUCUGUUGCUUGUGGGAUUGGUGAAAAGAAGCGACAGGAAACAAGUUGUAUCACAGCUCAAUACAAAACUGUGUUUAGUUGUAAUUUUGGGAUAAGCAAAGGAGAUAUGUGUGGCUUUAAAUCAACAGCUUUUACUGGUAGGAUUCCCGGAUGGAAGCUUCGCUCAGGUCCAACAGUUAGCACAGACACCGGUCCACAAUACGAUCACACAGACGGACAGACGUACUACAUCUACACAGAGACCAGCAGCAUCGGUAAAGGAUCACAUGCUUCUUUGACUAGUCCGGAUAUCAUUGGGACAAACUCGGCAUGUACUUUGUCAUUCUAUUUUCACUUCUUUGGGUCGGACAUCGGAGUUGUGACUGCUGAGAUUCUUUCCGGUGGUCGGUGGUUUGUUGUGUGGAAGGUCGAAGGCAACCAGGGAUUAAUAUGGAGAGCAGCAACAGUGCAUCUGCACGAAUACAGCACAGUAAAUAAGAUUCGUUUUGUGCACGUUGUUGGUGCUGAAGGUAGCAGUGAUAAAAAUGCAUAUCACGGUGAUGCAGCUAUUGAUGACAUUGAGUUAUCCUGUGCUGGUGUGGAUGAGAAAAAUACUACAGACGUUUCACGAUCGUUCUGUGAAGAGAGACAACAUCCGCUGCCAGGAUGUGUUUUAUCUGCUAGUGAGACAGAUGACACACAAUCUGCAUACACAGUUGUCAUUGAGGAUGGUGUUUCAUAUUUGGUCACUGCUGGCUCUCGACUUAGUGUCAUUUGUCAGUAUAGAUUUACUGUUGUGAAGGCUGGUGUUUACUUGCUGUGGUUGAGGACAAAGCUGAGUAAUAGUACGAGCAGUAGAGUCAGAGUAGUGGUUGGUGGAAAGUCGGCAGAUGGGCAUGUGCGAACUGGAAGUAACCCAGUGUGGCAGCCUGUGCUGUCAUUCAGUUUGGGAGUUGGAGUUCACACAAUUCAGCUGGUCCACCUUGAUUCAGGCUUCAAGUUUAGUCACGUAGCUCUUGUACCACAGACAUUGGACUCAUAUGAAGGACUUGGUCUACAGACAUUUGUCAUAAGUGACAACGCCUUGUCAGCAUCGAGUACUGCAUCUGGCUGUCACUCAUUCGGAGCUCGUCUCAACAGCUUUGGAACAAAACGCACAGGCUGGUGCAGCAACAGCUUAUCACAGACUGACUACAUCCAAAUUGAUCUACCCGACAUGGCUGUUGUUUCUCAAAUUGCAACUCAAGGUAGACAGGAUGCCAACGAAUGGUCUUCUGAGUACAAAGUGGCGUAUUCGCUGGAUGGCAUUCUAUUCAAUGACUAUCCCAACACGAGCAAUCAACUUUACAUAUUUGAAGGAAAUCUGGAUAAGAACACGGUCAAGGUGAAUGUUCUUGAUCAUCCGAUUCCAGCCAGGAGUCUUCGCAUCUAUCCUCUGUCUUGGAAUGCCAGGAAGGCUCUAAGAGUUGAGUUGUAUGGCCUUUACAUUUCAGACAGCCAGUGUACAGUCAGUGGUAUAAAGAACUUGACAGCAGAUUGCAUUGGAGACGGUCAGUGUGGUGCAAAUGGUUUCUGCAAAAGCUUGGUCAGUGGUGACUGUCAUUGUCACACUGGCUUCUAUGGCAGUCGAUGCACCAACCAGUACUGUCAGCCUGCCCCUUGUCUUAACAAUGGCACAUGUUAUGGACUCACUGAUGACUUUUUGUGUACUUGCUCUCGUGGAUUCGAAGGCAGAUUUUGUGAAAACGUCUGUAAUGCAACACAUUAUGGUCGUAACUGUGCCAACAGAUGUAACUGUAGUAAGCGAGGUGUUUGUGAUCGAAUGGAUGGAAGCUGCACUUGUGAUCCGGGGUAUACAGGAAUUCAUUGUGAAAGUGAGUGUUCUACUGGUAUGUACGGAUCUCGCUGUUCGUUUCAGUGUCAAUGCCAAAAUGAUGCAUAUUGUCAUCAUGUGACCGGUGACUGUGCGUGUACAAGUGGAUAUGAAGGAAAGUAUUGUCAAACGUCUUGCAAUGGAUCUGCAUGGGGAGUAAACUGUUUGGAACCUUGUAACUGCAAGAACAAUGCUUCUUGUGAUGCAAAGACAGGGACAUGUUUAUGUCUCCCAGGAUACACCAGCUCUGAUUGCAGCCAGAUAUGUUCAAACUUCACUUAUGGUCUUGGAUGCAAAUUGAAGUGCCAAUGUAAGAACAAUGGUGUGUGUGAUGCGGUCACCGGUCGUUGUACUUGCACUGCUGUUGGAUUUCAUGGAACGUUUUGCGAUCAGCCGUGUUCCUUAUCGUUUUGGGGCGUCGCUUGCAUUCACCCUUGUCUGUGUGAGAACGGGGGAGUGUGCGAUCUUGUGACUGGAAUGUGUGAUUGUCCACGUGGGUGGACAGGAAGAUAUUGUAAUGAAACUUGUUUGUCAACAAAAUUUGGUCGCAAUUGCUCAUUAACUUGCUCUUGUUCUAAUGGAGCUCUUUGUGAUCGCUUUACUGGGGAAUGUAGAUGUCUUGUCUCGAACGGUUGUGUGUGUUCUUCUGGCUGGAAAUCUGUUGACUGUCAAAUACCGUGUGACCAGCACGAGUGGGGACCGGGAUGUAUGAAUAAUUGUAUGUGUACACCGAAUGGAAUAUGCAACAGAUUUGAUGGCACGUGUGCUUGCUUUCCUGGAUACAUCAACACGACAUGUAACCAACCAUGCUCCAGUGGCCAAUACGGCAACAACUGUCAACUCAACUGCACGUGUGACACAACCAACUCACUGUCCUGCCGAAACACAGACGGAUAUUGUCACUGUCUGCCUGGUUACCAAGCCACUGACUGCUCUCAGUCAUGUGUUGCCGGCUUCUGGGGUCAGGGAUGUAGCAAUAAGUGCAGGUGUAAGAACGACGCGGAGUGCAUAGCCGUGGAUGGCAGUUGUAUUUGCACUCCUGGGUAUCAAGGUGUGCUGUGUGACAUUCCUUGUCAGCAGGGUUACUAUGGACCUGGAUGUACGAGACUAUGUCAGUGUCAAAAUGGUAAAUGCAACAUCACCAACGGAGCAUGCACUUGUGACCCUGGAUGGCAAGGCGUAUAUUGUGAUUCCAAGUGUAAUUACGGCUACUGGGGAUCGUCGUGUACAGAAACAUGCGACUGCAAUGGUGGAUCUUGUCAGUCAUCAAGUGGAUUGUGUAGCUGUUUGCCAGGAUACAAGGGCACACAGUGUUUACAAAGUUGUUCGAGUGGUUUCUGGGGCUUGGAUUGUGGCUCUGUGUGUCAGAAGUGUAGCCAUGGAAGUGGCGUUUGCCAUCAUGAAACAGGACGUUGUCCGUGUCCUGCUGGGUACAAAGGUGUAACAUGCUCACAAGCAUGUCCUUCAGGUAAAUAUGGCAGCAACUGCCUCUCAGAUUGUCAUUGUGUUCACGGCACUUGUGAUCCGGUCACUGGCCAUUGCAGCUGCAAUGCUGGAUACAGAGGAGAGAACUGCACAGAAACUUGUUCUAUUGGUACAUAUGGGAAACACUGCAGUCUCACAUGCGGUUGUGUUCAUGGUUUGUGUGACAUCAUCAAUGGCAGCUGUACAUGCUCUUCUGGAUACGUCGGAAUUUUCUGUAACCAGAGUUGUCCACAAGGUCGAUAUGGUUUAGACUGUGUAAAGCCAUGUGAUUGCAUCCACGGUAGACAUUGUAAUCACACCAGUGGAGUAUGUGAUUGCGACCCGGGAUGGACAGGAACAAAGUGUGAUCAAGUAUGUCCACCUUUGACUUCCGGCAAAAGUUGUCUUCAGUCGUGCGAUUGCCAUAACAGUGCGAGCUGUGAUCCAAUAAAUGGAGAUUGUCGUUGUGCUGAUGGCUGGAUCGGUACAUCUUGUCUUCAAGCCUGUUCGUUUGGGUUUUAUGGUUCAAACUGUUCUGUUCCUUGUUCUUGUAUGGUGAGUGUUGGAUGCCAUCAUAUUAGUGGGAAAUGUCAAUGUCCUAGUGGGUACACUGGCGAUUCAUGUGAUACAGUGUGCCCAAGUGGAUACCAUGGUGUAGACUGUCUUGGUCAAUGUAAAUGCGAUGCAAUCAACACAUUCAACUCUACCCGGUGUGAUCCCUUUUCUGGUAGAUGUCACUGUAGACCGGGAUACACAGGCAACUGCACACAAGUGUGUCCGUUGAAUAGUUUUGGUCUUGAUUGCUUAUCUGCUUGUCUUUGCGAGAAUAGUGGCGAGUGUGACCAUAUUAGUGGUGAUUGUACUUGUACAGCUGGAUAUCUUGAACCAUAUUGCAAUCAGACUUGUCCUCAUGGAUUGUUUGGACUCAACUGUCUCAACACAUGCAACUGUACAUGGAGCAACUCGGUUGGCUGUGAUCAUAUAAAUGGCGACUGUCUCUGUUUGCCAGGAUACAAUGGAUCACUUUGUGAAAACAAAUGUGCCGGCUUUUCGUAUGGUGUCAAGUGUGCCAACGAGUGCACAGAUUGUCUGUCUGGUCAUUCUACCGGCUGCCAUGCAAAAACAGGAGAUUGUGAGUGCGAGAGUGGGUGGACAGGAACACUUUGCAACGACAUGUGUCAGACAGGUUUUUAUGGUCUUGGAUGUCACAGUGUGUGCAUGUGUGCUAAUCAGGCUGCAUGUGAUCGAUUCGAUGGCAGCUGUACGUGUACAAGAGGACAUACGGGCCAAUACUGCACACAAAAGUGCACUGGUUUUAUGUUUGGACAAGACUGUGGUGAAACGUGUGAUUGUGAUUUGAACAAUACGUUGUCUUGUCAUCAUGUGAAUGGAUCGUGUUACUGCAAACUUGGCUUCAAGGGAGAUAAGUGUGAAGAAGCUUGUAAUGAUGGUUAUUGGGGUUCUGGUUGUGUCGAAGUCUGUCCUGUUUGCUCUCCUCACAUUCGAACCUACUGUAGUCCCAAUGAUGGAAGCUGCAACUGCCUGCCGGGAUAUCACAACUAUUACUGCACGUCAGAUUGUUUGGUUGGUGUGUUUGGUGAUGGCUGUUUGUUGCAAUGUGAAGAGUGUGAUCAUGACUAUCUCUGCAAUCAUGUACAUGGAGAAUGCCAGUAUAUCAAAGAGUCAAUAUUUUGGAUUGAUUUUUCUGUUACCUUCACUGAGACACAAACGAAUGGCUUUCAGUUGAACCUCAAACUCGCUUUAGCUGAGACUUUCAACCUGUACGCUCCAUUUGAGAUUGAUGUUGAAGAUCUGGCUGUUGAUCCUUUAACAUCAUUUGUGAAUGCAACAGUUGAUGAUGGAAUCGAUGGCUUGUCUUUCUCUUCUCCUCUUCAACGAGUUAUGAAUUACAACAGAAACUAUGUCGCAAGAAUAGUUGAUAUUGACUCAGUGGAUGGGAACGACAGGUCAUCAAUAGUUAGAGUGUCAUUUAUCAUGCUCUACAAGAAUAUGCCAAUGAAAGGCGUGAAGGCAGUUAAUAUUCUGCUACCGAUUCCUGAAGACAGGCUGCAGCAGUUUUUCUCAGUUGAAGUAACUGGCAGGCCAGCGACAGAGGGUUUGGAUGAGGAGAAGUCAGAUGAUCUCAUAUUACCCAUUGCUAUUGGCAGUGUGUUUGGAUUUUUGGCCAUCAUUAUACUUUUCAGUGUGGCAGCUUGGAAGCAACGUGCAUCAAAAAGGAAUACUUGUACUCCCUCUUAUGUGUAUCGUUCCAGAAAACAAAAACCAUCGUCGACUGCUACAUCAUGUCAAACAUCCGUAUGUGGUCAGGGGCAUUCUGGUCCGAUGGCUGCAUUUGGUAAUUUCUAUUUUGACGUCAUGACAGCAUAUGAGCUCGAAGAUGACUUGGACCACACAUUUGAGAAUCCUUUGUAUGAAUACGAUUCUCAGCCUCCACCUAAAGUGGUGCCCCGUCCUUUGUCUUCCCUCUUUGAUGUUUCAGAAGCUGGUGAUAUUCAGUCUGAAGACGCAACAGCUUUCUGCACAAUAGAAAAGCUGGCAGUGAGACCUCAUUCGGACUUGACAUCAAAUCGAAUUGGUCAUGACUUGAAAAGGUCACUGGAUGAUCUGGACAGACGAGCAUCAUCGCCUCCUGAUUCUGGGAGAACAUUUAAUGAUGACUUGUGACUGUGUGACGUCUCUAGAGUCUGUGUGCACCAUAUUUGAACUUGUAAAAUAUUUGUUAU